AUGACUUUACUGGGCUUUAUCGCUGGCCCCGUUACCAAGCCGUUGACCUUUUCGUCCUUCCAGCGUUUAUGUAACCAAACAACUUCCAGAAGAUUUACCAUCGGUUAUUGUACAGUGAUCAAUCCAAAACCCAAUCAUGACUUAUUUUCCUACACGUCAGGGCGAUUCUUAUACAACGAAGACCUACGACUACGAGAAAGAUAUAUCGAGUUUGACGUAGAUGCUCUAAAAGAAUCAGUAACUAAGCAUACCGAUGGCGGUAAAGUAACUAAUCUCGUGAAGCUAGGCGAGGGUGGUUUCAAUCGAGUCUUUUCGGCUACACUUGAGAGCGGUCUACAGGCGGUUGUCAAAAUUCCAUAUCCUCUCUCAGUACCAAAGAGAUAUGCUACUGCCAGCGAAGUUGCAACACUUACCUUUCUUCGAUCAAAGGGGAUCCCUGUUCCUAAGGUAUAUGGAUGGUCGGCAACUAACGACAAUGCUAUUGGGUCCGAAUACAUCAUCAUGGAGCGGGCAUCAGGCAUCGGCCUUGAUACUAAAUGGUUCGAUAUGACCAAGAAACAACAACAAACAGUAACAUUAGGGAUUAUUGAUAUAGAAAAGACCCUAUUCAAUAUUUCAUUUGGCUCUAUUGGAAGUUUAUAUUUUAAAACGGACAUCCCACCCGAAUUACAAGCUGAUCUUUAUGUUCCCAGUACUUUGGACCCCAAUAGAGAUUGUGAUACCUUUUGCAUUGGGCCAAUUGCGGACUACAUGUUCUGGUAUGGUAAGCGUGCGGAGUUAGAGGUAGACCAUGGCCCAUGGAAUGAUCCACGCCAAUAUCUCCGAGCAAUUGGGAAGCGUGAACUGGAAUGGACACAAAAGUUUGGAAAGCCCCUCGAAAAAGACUUUCCCUAUAAUACACUUCUUCCUGGUAUCAUCCACCAGGAGCGUUAUGCUGGCCUUCUCCAGAAGUAUUUAACAAUUGCACCUUUCCUUCUUCCUGAACACCCUCGGGAUCCAGGCAAUCAACCAACGAUUCGUCAUCCAGACCUUACACCUAGUAACGUUUUUGUGUCCCUGGAGACUUUCGAAAUAACUUGCAUCAUUGAUUGGCAGCAUACAACUAUUAUCCCGCUCUUACUUACUGCUGGACAUCCUAAGAUGUUUGAGAAUCCUGAUGCAGAACCUCCAGAAACGCUUGGGGCGCCUAAACCCCCGGAGGGAUAUGAAUACCUGGACCCCAAAACAAGGUGUGAAGUUGACGAGCUCCUCCGACGGCGUUAUCUUUACUAUCUUUAUCGUGUUUUUAACGGGGCUUAUAAUAAAAGGCACCUCUCUGCCUUUUAUGACCCUGUUUUACUACCCCGACAACACCUGGUUGACUAUGCAGGCCGCCAGUGGAGUGGGAAUCUAAUCACUCUGCAGGGUGCACUAAUGCGGAUGUGUGAAUACUGGAAACUUCUACCACCUAAUGGCGAAACUUGUCCUAUAUCUUUCACCGAUGCGGAAUUAAAGAAACAUUCUGAGGACGAGCCAAUGUGGUUUGACUUAACCGCUCUUAUCAACCAUUGGCGUGGUGAACUUGGUGGGCUUAAUGAAGAGGGGUGGAUAAAAUCGGAAAUGUACGAGCAUGCGAAAAAAAAGAACAAGGCACUAAAGGAAAGCUUCAUCAGCGACGCCGACCCCGAUGAAGUUGAAAAUGUUGUCCAAGGCUGGCCAUUUCAGGACAAGGAGGAGUUUUUUUAG